GCACUCCUUCGAUAUAAAGUAAUUUUUGACAAAGAGGAAAACGUGUCAAUUUCACGAGGUUGGAGUAAUAACAUGUUCAAUUACUUAAGACAUGGGCUCGAAUUUAGGUUGUGUAUUGACAUUUCUAGAAAAUUAACUAUAGAAUACCUUUUCACUUCUAUAAUUUAAUUGUUAAAUCCGAAACCCUGGUCUGUUCUGCUUGCUCUGUUUCGCAAAAGCGUUCCCGGAAGCCUCGCGAUGUUGCACCUCUGGCUUCAGAAACUGGGUUAGCAUCGUCUUGAAUGUAUUCCUCCGGACUAAACAUUGAGCUUGUUAAAACUUGGUCAUGGUUUCUAAAUUUUACAUCACAAAGUUGAACUACAACAUAAGUUUGAACAAGUUGAGUGCUAACUACAAAAAGUAAAAGCUACCGGCUACGACAGCAGGAGAUGUAUUCCCUACUAGCGCUGACGCCAACUAACGUGCUGGCCAAUUCGGUUGACUAACGACGUUAGCCAUUCGAAACAUAGUAGGAGGACGACUUUGCCAGUCAACGUUAGUAGCUAUGGCCAUGUCUUAUGCUAGUUGUUACAUUACCUAGCCAGCUGCUUGGUUGAUGUUAUGUUGUUCGCUUCGCUAGCCAAUUAUCAGUGUUGAAAAUAUAUGGCUGGCUAGCUUUAAGAACAUCGACAGCAGACCACAUUGAGACCUCUGGAAAUCAGCUGACAGCUGCAGGCAGCCAAGGAGACCAGUCAGUGAUGGAUCAACUCAAAGUCAAGGACCGAAUAUUGGAAAACAUUUCUUCGUCUGUCAAGAAGUUGCAGAGUUACUUUGCUGCCUGUGAGGAUGAAACUCCAGCCAUCCGGAAUCAUGACCGGGUCCUACAGCGACUGUGCGAGCACCUUGACCAUGCUCUACUCUAUGGGCUGCAGGAUAUCUCCUCAGGUUACUGGGUACUGGUUCUACACUUCACCCGCAGGGAAGCGGUCCGGCAGGUAGACGAGCUCCAGCACAUAGCAACCAACCUUGGGCGAAGUCGUGCCUGGCUAUACCUAGCACUGAGUGAGAGCUCCUUAGAAAGCUACCUCCGUCUCUUCCAAGAGAACCAAGGAUUGCUGCAGAAGUAUUACUUCAAAAAUGCAUUGGUGUGCAGCCAUGAUCACCUCACACUCUUCCUCACGUUGGUGUCGGGACUGGAGUUCAUUCGCUUUCAUCUGGAGUUGGAUGUCCCUUACUUGGAUGUGGCACCCUACAUGCCGGAGUACUACAAGCCCCAGAAUCUGCUGGACUUUGAGGAGCGCCUUCCCAGCUCGGACAGCCUUUCUUUGCUUUCCUUCACUUCCCUCACCUCUACCAACCUGGAGUGGGACGACAGCGCCAUCGCCCCGUCCAGCGAAGAUUAUGAUUUCGGGGACAUCUUCCCCGUGUUGCAGCCAACUGCAGACUGGGAAGAGGGUGACCUCACCGACCCGGUUAUCUGUCCGCGCUCCAGCGCCUCAGACCCUCAGAUGGUCUUCAAAGACUCUGUGAUUCUCCGGGCUGCCAUUAUCCCAGUGAGGGGAACUUCCCCGCCCCGCAGCCCCACCAGACACAACCCCUUCAACAAGGAUUCGGACACCAACACCUCGGCCGACAUCACCCCCGUCCACACUGCUAGCCGCCACCCCCACGACACCACCACCACCGUGGACGACAUGGAGAGCACCAGCAACGAGCUGGAGGUUAUCAGGAUGGCCAGACGAAGGAAGCCAGCCAAGAAGCGCCAUGUCGUGAAGGGCUCCAGCGCGUCCACGGUGAGCAGUGAACAGAACACAACGGCCUCCGAGCAAGCAGAGGGAGAAGACGGAACCCAGGAGAGAGGGGGAGAGGGGCUGGAUGGAGACUCCCGUAGCCCCUCUGUGGGGCCGCCGCAGGGCUCAGGGGCCGAGACAGUGAGGAGAAGGAGAGGGAUGGGGGAUGAGGAAGGCCAGGAGGAGAAUGAGUCAGAGGGUCUCCUGCGGCUGCCGGAGAUGACUGACACCUCCAUGGACAGUGUGGGCCAGCCCCUACGUGAUGUUAUGGACCGGCUCAAUGGAGCUCUGGACGGGGGGCAGGCCUGGUGGCGACCAGACAGAGAGGAAGAAGAUAAGGGGGAGAAGACCCAUCAGAGUUCCCUCCCCAGAAGGUCCUCCUCUGGCAGCCCUGAAGCCAUCUUCCAGCCCCCGGGGCAGCAGCCCUUUCGAGGGGAUCCGAUUAUUGAGCCACCUGACCCGGAAGCUGGGGCCCCCCUCCUGCUGCGCCCUGCUCUGGCCCCGAGCCCCAACUUCCUGCAGGCCCCUCCGGCCCCUGCAGACUUUUACUGCUUUAUCCCCCACAAUCCAGAUGCUGCUGCCACGCGUGGUGGCCACCAUGACACUGCAGGGCAUGGCCAGCCGCAGGCUCUUCCUGGUGGCCAUGAAGAUGAGAGAGAGGCAGAGGCACCACCAGGACAGGACCCCUUCUUAGAGGAGGCAGUGGUGGUUGAGAAUGGAUUGCCUGCUGGAGAAACUGAAGAGGACAGUCUCAGUCCAACAGAAAACUCCCAUUCUGCAGAAUUCAAGGUGGACAACAAUCACCUGCUACUGCUCAUGAUCCACGUCUUCAGAGAGACUGAGGAGCAGCUCUUCAAGAUGGUGAGGAUGAGCACGGGUCACAUGGAGGGAGACAUGCAGCCUCUCUACCUGCUGCUGACUGACUGUUACAUCUACCUGCUGAGGAAAGGUGCAGCAGAAAAGCCCUAUACAGUUGAGGACGCCAUCUCUUACAAUGAGUUGGACUAUGUCUCUGUGGGCGUGGACCAGCAGACGGUCACGCUGGUCUGCACAAACCGAAGACGCCAGUUUCUCCUGGACACAUCCGACUCCUCGUUGACUAUCUGGUUCCUGGCAGCCCUGAAGUCGGCCAUGAUUAAGGGGUGCAGGGAGCCUCCUUACCCCUCGGUGCUGACCGACGCCACCAUGGAGAAACUAGCCCUCACUAAGUUUGUCUCCCAGGAGUCUCACUGUGAGGUUUCUGAAGUGGUCAUCCGCCUGUAUUCUUUGGUCCACUGGGAGGACCCCAUGGAUGUGACUCUGGCCCCCCAGACAGCCUUGGUGGGUGCUGGAGAUUCCUCCAGCACUAAAGAGGGACCCUUACUCUACAGAGCAGGCACCACCUACUUGGGCAAGGAGCUGUGGAAGAGCUGUUACCUCGUACUGAGCAAUGGGAAUCUGUACCAGUAUACAGAAAAGAGUGAUGCGACACCACUGAUGUCCAUCACUAUGGGGGGUGAGCACUGCGGAGGUUGCCGGCGCUCCAACAGCACAGAGCUGCCUCAUGCCUUCCAGGUGAUCCUCACAGAGCGGCCUCCUCUGGUGCUGAGCGCUGACAAUGAGGGAGACAUGUCCGACUGGAUGCUGGUGCUCUGCCAGUCAGUCUCCAAAGGGGUGAUCCCCCAGGGAGUGGCGCCCACGCCAUGUAUCCCCUGUUGCCUGGUGGUGACGGACAGGGAGCUGCUGACAUGCCACCAGGACUGCCAGACCAGCUUCUUCCGUUCGCUGGGCGGAGCUGAGCUCUCUGACAUUAGUUCUGUUAGCCUGGAGGACGACAAGGAGUACUGUGUUGUUGAGUUUGCAUUGGACCGAGCUCAGUACCUGCCUCCCUGGGUGCUGUACUUCAGUGGCUGUGAAGAGAGAGACCGCCUGCUGGAGGCGCUAGAGAGUGCCUGGAGAGACAUUUUCCAGGUGUGUCUGCCUCGUAGGAGGGUGUCAGAGCAGUUGGUGCAGAAGCGUUGUGGCGAUGCCCUGGCUCUGAUGAGGAGCGCCUGGCAGAGGAGUGACAGCCUUGCCCGGGGACGCGCCCAGAGAGAGCCCUGGUGCUGACGGACAAACAGACAGCAAAGCGACAGAUAGGUGGACGGACAUAUAGGACAAAAAGCUUUCACUAGCACUCCUACUCUAAACACCAGGAUUCGGGUCAAUCGCUUUCAAAAUUUGUCAAUUCUGGAAGAGGAUAGAAAAUGGACCAUUAUUUUCUAUGAGGCUUUUUUUCGAUCAUUUAAUUGAAUUUGAUUGGGAGAUGGUACCAAACCUGUUAAUUAUGACAAUAGCCAAAUAGAGGCAAACACACACUCCGUUUGGUGUACAUUAUGAAGAUUAUAAAUUAGGUAUACGAGGGGUCGCAUCAUCACUAGAUGUAGCGAGACGUACGUCAGUUUGAAUCUCUUCACACUCCUGGCCUUCACAAAUAUGUAUGUUCCGCAUGACUUUCCGCUUGUCAUUGAGACGGAUGUUAGGGAAGGAAGUGCACCCCUUACCCUAUAGAAUAAGACGUUGUUCGCUAACAGCUUUAAGGUGUUAUUUUGAACCUUAACAACUGCACCACGUUUAUAGUGUGGUGUACGGCGCAGUAUAGUAUUGACUUAUAUUAUAAUCAAUCCGUUCUCAAAUGUACAUUGCCCAUCUCUCCAUGGAUCCAGACAUACAUUGGUUUCCAAUUUUAUAUAGGUUUGUCUAUUGAAAAAUACCUCACAAAACUCAACCCUUCUCUCUCUCACAGGUUGUGAUGGAUAUUUUGCUCAAGGAUCGACGGUCACUUGAAGUGGCCUAAACUAUGAAGGAUGUCUAUGGAGAGUUUCCCACUUGGACUGUGACGUUAACAGCACUCAUCUAUUGCCUUUGUCAGCCAUGUUGGUUUACCAUUGGGUUUUCCACUUUUAGUUAUGAUGGUUUGUCAGGUCAAAGUCAGUAUUGGAGUAUCAUAGCGGGGAAUUGUCUAACCUAGCAUGGAUACACUUUUGACAAGAAGGAUGAGAAGAGAGACUAACUUGCCAUCAAAUGCGAGAUUGCACAUGGGUUUAGUCCAUGUUGUUCGAUUUUGAGGGGACUGAUAAGUUCAUUGGGGUUGUGUGCAAAGUUCAUGUUCAGUGUUGCUUUUUAAUUUUAAGCAAAUAGUUGUUUAUUAUUAACACGACUUGUUAUGGUAGUGUAAUUGUGUGCAAUUUAUAAAGGGGAUAUGUUUACUUACAUUUUUUUGUUUUUGUUCUAGUCUUUGUUAUUUUGAGUGAGUACUCCUUUAUCAGGUGAGUGUCUGUCAUUGCAUUUUAGAUGUUGAGAGUGGCCUGGUCAAGAUGUGGGAAAUGUCCAAUGUCGUUAUGUUCUACGACUUGUGGAGGUAUCAGUGCAUCCCUACUUUAUUAUACUCCCUGUAGUUUUAAUAUUGCUCAGAAGAGAAGGUAGUCAUUUGUGUGUUCUCCCAAUGGAACAAAAUAACUAUGAAGUGGUAAUAUCACUGUUGAGCCAGAACAGACCAUUGCUUGUAGUUAUACUACAAUCAAUCCAUAUGCAUUAGGGAAAAAAUCUAGUUGACUAGUGAUUAUACUACUUCAUUCAUAUGGUUUGUCAUUGCAUUAAUCCAAUUUACCCCUAAAAAAAAUCUAUCCCCCACCUUAUAUUCUAUUCAUACAUAAGUAAAAGCAAAUCAUCCUCACAAAUAUUAUUUUGACAAUGUAGCUAAUUACUGAUGUAGACAUGUCAAAAUUCGAUUUUUGUGUUGCUAUUGGCGAGAGGGGAAUUUAUCCAAUGCCAUUGCUAUCCUGGAAUUGCUAUCCUGGGAAUUGCUAUCCUGGGAAUUGCUAUAUCAGGAGAAGGUUUCUGGAGGCUUUCAGUUUCAUUGCCAGUUGCUCCUGAUAAUCAUGUGGCCUUUUUCAUUACCUUAAUUUGAUUGGAGAUAAUGGCCUCAGGCCCAAUUUUUACCAAAUAAAGCAUUACUCUUGAAUGUGGCCUUAUACUGCUGUUGAGAAUUGGGCUUCUGACAAGUCAUAAUACACACACUGUUUAAGUGUCAGUUUAAGACCUCCUUGUCUAACCGUUUGCAUUAUAGUAAUAGUAGUAAACAUAUUCUCUGCUUUGAGCAUUGUGGUCUUGCCUCUAUUCUGCUUUUUCUGUAGGCGUGGGAAGCCAACAUCCUAGCAUUUUGCAUCUCAGGUUAGAAAUGGUACAAAUAAUUUAGAUGUAGUAGCCUAGAUCCCAUGCAGAAAAGACCCAACACCUCAAGCCAGGGUAACCGUGUCCUACAUUUUAGUUUCAACUGAAUUGUCAUUUUAUAUCCCUUUUCGUCUUUGUUGGUACCUAUUCCAUACCUAAGUCUAUUUUAGAGAAAUGUACAAUUACGGUACAUAUACACUACCGUUCAAAAGGUUGGGGUCUCUUAGAAAAUUCAUUGUUUAUGAAAGAAAAGCAAUAUUUGUUUGUCCAUUUUUAAAAUAACAUUAAAUUGAUCAGAAAUACAGUGUAGACAUUGUUAAUGUUGUAAAUUACUAUUGUAACUGUGAACGACUGAUUUUGUAUGGAAUAUCUACAUGGGUGUACGGAAGCCCAUUAUCAGCAACCAUCACUCCUGUGUUCCAAGUUAGCGAAUCCAAGUUUAUAAUUUUAAAAGGCUACGUCAUCGUCAAUAGUGUAGAGGCGACUCGGGGAGGCUGGCCUUCUAGGCAGAUUUGCAAAGAAAAAGCCAUAUCUCAGACUGGCCCAUAAAAAGAAAAGAUUAAGAUGGGCAAAAGAGCACAGACACUGGACAGAGGAACUCUGCCUAAAGGCCAGCAUCCCGGACUCACCUCUUCACUGUUGACGUUGAGACUGGUGUUUUUGCGGGUACUAUUUAAUGAAGCUGCCAGUUAAGGACUUGUGAGGUGUCUGUUUCUCAAACUAGACACUAUAAUGUACUUGUCCUCCUGCUCAGUUGUGCAUUGGGGCCUCCCACUUUUUCUAUUUUGGUUAGGGCCAGUUUGCGCUGUUCUGUGAAGAGAGUAGUACACAGCGUUGUACGAGAGCUUCAGUUUCUUGGCAAUUUCUCACAUGGAAUAGCCUUCAUUUCUCAGAACAAGAAUAGACUGACGAGUUUCAGAAGAAAUAUCUUUGUAUCUGGCCAUUUUGAGCCUGUAAUUGAACCCACAAAUGUUGAUGCUCCAGAUACUCAAUUAGUCUAAAGAAGGCCAGUUUUAUUGCUUCUUUAAUCAGAACAACAGUUUUCAACUGUGCUAACAUAAUUGCAAAAGGGUUUUCUAAUGAUCAAUUAGCCUUGUAAAUAAUAAACUUGGAUUAGCUAACACAACUUGCCAUUGGAACACAGGAGUGAUGGUUGCUGAUAACAGGCCUUCCUGCGCCUAUGUAGAUAUUCCAUAAAAAUAUCUGCCGUUUCCAGCUCCAAUAGUCAUUUACAACAUUAACAAUGUCUACACUGUACUUCUAAUCAAUUUGAUGUUAUUUUAAUGGACAAAAAAUGUGCUUUUCUUUCAAAAACAGGACAUUUCUAAGUGACCAUAAAAACUUUUGAACGGUAGUGUACGUAUUUGAAAAGUUUGUCAAUAUUUGAUUGAAGAAAGGAAAUAUGAAUCUUGAAAUCGUAUGCAGAGAUAAGUGAAGUUUGUUGUUAUGAACAGUAAUUUGAAUGUUGUACAUUGCUGGUCAAUGGUGGAUUACAUAUUUUUAUUGACUAGUUCUUACAUUAUACACUUACAUAUAUCUACAGUACCAGUCAAAAGUUCAGACACACCUACUCAUUCCAGGGUUUUUCUUUAUUUUGACUGUUUUCUACAUUGUAGAAUAAUAGUGAAGACAUCAAAACUAUGACAUGACACAUAGGGAAUCAUGUAGUAACCAAAAAAGUCUUCAAAAUAUAUUUGAGAGUCUUCAAAGUAGCCACCCUUUGCCUUGAUAACAGCUUUGCACGCUCUUGGCAUGCUCUCAACCAGCUUCACGAGGAAUGCUUUUCCAACAGUCUUGAAGGAGUUCCCACAUACCCUGAGCACUUGUAAGCUUUUUUUCCUUCACUCUGUGGUCCAACUCAUCCCAAACCAUCUCAAUUGGGUUGAGGUCAGGUGAUUGUGGAGGCCAGGUCAUCUGAUGCAGCACUCAUCACUCUCUUUGGUUAAAUAUCCCUUACACAGCCUGGAGGUGUGUUUUGGGUCAUUGGCCUGUUGAAAACCAAUGAUAAUCCCACUAAGCACCAAACCAGAUGGGAUGGCGUAUCGCUACAGAAUGCUGUCAUAGCCAUUCUGGGUGUGCCUUGAAUUCUAAAUAAAUCACAGUGUCCCCAGCAAAGCACCCCCACAACAUCACACCACCACCUCCAUGCUUCACGAUGAGAACCACACAUGCGGAGAUAAUCCGUUCACCUACUCUGCGUCUCACAAACACUGCGGUUAGAACCAAAAAUCUCACAUUUGGACUCAUCAGAUCAAAGGACAGAUUUCCACCGAUCUAAAGUACAUUGCUCGUGUUUUUUGGCCCAAGCAAGUCUGUUCUUCUUAUUGGUGUCCUUUGGUAGUGGUUUCUUUUCAGCAAUUUGACCAUGAAGGUCUGAUUCACCCAGUCUCCUCUGAACAGUUCAUGUGUCUGUUACUUGAACUCAAACAUUUAUUUGGGCUGCAAUCUGAGGUGCAGUUAACCCCAAUGAACUUAUCCUCAGCAGCAGAGGUAACUCUGGGUCUUCCUUUGCUGUGGCUGUCCUCAUCAGAGCCAGUUUCAUCAUAGCGCUUACGGGUUUUUGUGACUGCACUUGAAGAAACAGGCACACCUGUUAAUUGAAAUGCAUUCCAGGUGACUGCCUCAUGAAGCUGGUUGAGAGAAUGCCAAGAAGUGUGCAAAGCUGUCAAGGCAAAGGGUGGCUACUUUGAAUAAUCUAGAAUAUAAAAUAUAUUUUCAUUUACCACUUUUUUUGGUUACUACAUGCUUCUGAAUGUUUCAUAGUUUUGAUGUCUUCACUAUUAUUCUACAAUGUAGAAAAUAGUAACAAAAUAAAGAAAAACCCUGGAAUGAGUAGGUGUGUAAACUUUUGACUGGUACUGUAUGUAUGUUUUAGCAGUUUUUAUUUAUUUGAUUUAUAUAAACAAUAAUGGGAUGAAUCUAUUGUAUGCUAACCCGUGAUCACACUAAAACCUGCAUGUAUUGAAUGUUUUUAUAUUGUACAUAUGAUAAUGAAUGUACGAAAAAGGCUUGUGAAUAAGACUACAUUAAUAAAAUAAUUCAAACCAUAA